AUGGGGAAGAGGCUCGAGACGAGGCGAUGGACGUUAGCUGGGUCACUGGUCUGCCUGCUUGUGUGCGUGUGCGCGCUGGACCGCGCGCUCGCGCAGAUCCGCUACGCGAUUCCCGAGGAGCUCGAGCACGGCGCGUUUGUGGGCAACAUCGCCGAAGACUUGGGCUUGGAUGUGGCCAAACUGUCGGCCAGGCGGUUCCGGAUCGUGUCCGGAGCAAGGAAGCAGUAUUUGGAAGUGAACCUGGAGAACGGGAUUUUGUUCGUUAAUGAGAAAAUCGAUCGCGAGGAGCUGUGCGAGCAGAGUCCGCUUUGCUUUUUGCACUUGCAAGUGGUGAUAGAAAACCCGCUGGAGUUGUACCGAGUGGAGGUGGAGGUGCUGGACGUGAACGACAACGCGCCGAGCUUUCCGUGGAGCGAGUUUAACCUGGAGAUCACUGAGUCAGCCGCGCCAGGCUCGCGCUUUCCGCUGGAGAGCGCGCAGGACCUGGACGUGGGCGCGAACUCGCUGCGCUCUUACCUGCUGAGCGCGAACCGCCACUUCGCACUGGACAUCCAGACGCGCAACGACGGCAGCAAAUUCGCCGAGCUCGUGCUGGAGUCCGCGCUGGACCGCGAGCAGCAGAAGACGCACGAGAUGGUGCUGACGGCCGUGGACGGCGGCUCGCCGCUGCGCUCGGGCACGGCUCAAAUUACAGUCACAGUGCUGGACGCCAACGACAACGUGCCCGUCUUUGAGCGGCCCGUGUACCGCGUGAGCCUUGUGGAGAACGCGCCGCGCGGCGCGCUCGUGCUCAAGCUCAACGCUACAGACGUAGACGAGGGCGCGAACGGCGACAUUGUGUACUCAUUCAGCGGCCACGCACCCUUGAGAGUGCGCGAGCUUUUCAGUGUGGACGCACACUCUGGUGAGAUCCGCGUGAAGGGGGUUGUGGACUACGAGAAGUCCGCCGUGCACGAGCUCUAUGUGCAAGCUAAGGACAAGGGCCCGUCCGCCGUGGCCGUACACUGUAAGGUGCUUGUGGACGUGUUGGACGUGAACGAUAACGCGCCCGAGGUCAUCCUCACCUCCGUGUCCACGCCCGUACAGGAGGACGCGCCACCGGGCACUGUGAUCGCUGUGGUGAGCGUGACGGACCGAGACUCGGGCGAAAAUGGAGCCGUGGACUGUAAAAUACCACCCAACGUGCCAUUUCAACUGCAUUCCUCCUUCAAAAACUACUACACUCUCGUGACCAGCGACUUUUUAGACAGGGAAUCCGUAGCAGAGUACAACAUCACGCUCACGGCGCGCGACUCGGGUUUGCCGCCGCUCUCCACCAGCAAAACUCUACUCGUGCAGGUGGCCGACAUAAACGACAACGCACCGCGCUUCCUGCAGCCCUCCUACACGGUGUACGUGACCGAGAACAACGCGCCGGGCGCGUCCAUCUGCUCGGUCACCGCCUUCGACCCUGACUCGAACCAGAACGCGUAUCUGUCGUACUCCAUCCUAGAGGGGCAGAUUCAGGGCAUGCCCGUUUCCACGUAUGUCUCCAUCAACUCAGACAACGGCAACGUGUACGCGCUGCGCUCUUUCGACUACGAGCGGCUGCGCAACUUCCAGAUCCGCGUGCGCGCGCAGGACGCCGGCUUUCCACCGCUCAGCGGCAACGUGACCGUUAACGUGUUCGUACUGGAUCAGAACGAUAAUGCUCCGGUCAUCGUGUCGCCGCUGCCGACCAACGGCACGGCGGCUACAGAGGUGGUGCCGCGCUCGGUGGACGCAGGCUACCUGGCGGCGAAAAUCACGGCGCUGGACGCGGACGCUGGACAGAAUUCGCGCCUUUCGUAUCAAAUGCUGCACGCCACGGACCCGGGGCUUUUCAGCGUAGCGCUGUAUACAGGCGAGAUCAGAACCAUCCGCCGCUUUGUGGACAAAGACGCCGCGCGCCAGCGGCUCGUCGUCCUAGUCAAGGACAACGGGCAGCCGCCGCUCUCGGCAACCGCCUCCAUCGUGCUGUCCGUGGUGGACAGCGUGCCUGAGUCACCCUCUGAGCUCGGCGACCCGUCGCGCGGUCCGCGGCCCCCCUCCAGCCUCGCGCUCUACCUCAUCGUGUCGCUCAGUACCGUCUCGCUUAUCUUCCUCGUGGCCAUCAUCGUGCUUGCCGGUUUCAAGUGCUACAAAGACGGCGGGGACUCGCUCUCCUCUCUCGGCGGCGCCGCGUGCUGCUCUUUCGAGGAUGAUCCUCCUCCCGCCGACGUGCUUAAGAAGUCUAACCUGAACGUGCAGCUCUCUACUGGGUCUAAAGUGCCCACGGGCUGCGUGGAGGUGAACGGCGGCACCGGGGGUCCUGGAACCGGAGCUGCGCCGCAGCCGUACUGCUACAAAGUGUGCCUGACCCCAGAAUCCGCCAAGAGCGACUUCAUGUUCCUGAAGCCGUGCAGUCCCGGAGACGCGAGGAACAAUACAGCGAAAAACCACGGAGCAACAGUGAAUAACGGAGCCGCAACACCUAACGAGCUGAAACAAGACAAUACGGACUGGGCUCUCACUAAGAACCAAACUUGCUCUUUGAAAAGCUAUAACUCAAUAAACAUGGAUGGCACUCUGAUGAGGAAGGCCAUGCAGAAUGAUCCUGAAAACUAUGUCAGUCCAAUGGCUGCAGGACAGUAUUGGACCUGGGGGACGCGAAUGAGAGAAUACAGGAUGUCCUCCCCAGCCACAGGCCUCCCCCAGAGGGCAUGGACACCCCGCUACACCCCCACAAACAACCCCCAACAGCAGCAGCCUGCAGCUCACUCGCACAGCCAACCUCCGCCUGACUACCAGCAUAACGUCUACAUCCCUGGCACGCCCUCUGCCCUCUGCACCCUUCGGCCCAGCCACCGCAGCGAGCUUGACGUCCAUAACUCUUUUUCCACAUUCGGCAAGAAGCGCAAGUUCAUCUCGCCCAGCAGUUACGACCCUAGAGAUGACACAGGGACAGAAGUCAUCAAUAAUGACCUGUACAAUGAAUAGAUAGAAGGAACGGAGAGAAUGUGGGACAAAGCUGAGAUGUGACGGUGGACAGAGUGUGGGGGAGGGGGGAGCAAAUGUUGUGGAAGGAAGGAAUAACAUGAGUUAGAAGAAAAGAGGAGAGAGUUCCAUUACAACCAAAGCAGAGCCUAUAUUUCCAAACCAAACUACUCUCGUGUCACAGUAACAUUAUUUUCCUGCUCUGUGUGGUCUGCUUCCCAUGACUCCAUUUGCUCUGAGACACAUUUCAGUUUAUUUCUGUCAUGUUUGUGUGUUUGUGACACAUUAAACAUGGGCCUAUAUGAGGAGGCCUUAAACGGUGGCACUGGCCUAUAAAACUGUAUCACUGUCAGAUUACACAUCCCACCCAUUAGUUACUGUUUAUUAUAUGAAUAUUCAGAGAGAGUGAGUCUUGAAUGUUGGUCUUGUGACAAAACCAUAUUUGGAUGGGUCUCAAUAUGGUUUGGUAAUUGAACGGUUACCAUACAAGAAAAUCUGAAUGAUUUGGAUGUCAUGACCGUAAUGAAGAAAAGAUGGCUUGAUUUAGCUGCUGAUAAGGGGGUCAGAUGAAUAGGUUAAUUCUUCUGUGUGAAUCUUGACAGAGUUAAGCUGCUGUCUACUGUUCAGUUAGCCAGGCUUAGCCAUAUUGGGUCUGAAGGUCACAAAUAGCACAAGUGAAACAACAGUGGUCUGAGAAGUGAGUCACAUCAUCAAAAUUAUUUUAAAAUUCCAUAAAUGUAUCAUUAAAUUCUAGUUUUUCUACAUUAAGAAUUAUGACUAUAAUGUUUUUUGGUACUGUUUAUUUGACAAUCAUGUCAGCCUAAAUGUAAGCAUUACUUGGCCUUUGCGCAUAGUGUGAAUUUUCUGUCUGAGCAGAAUCUUUGUGCCGUGGUGCACAGCCUUGGAAUGAUUGGUUGCUCGCUGAAACAGAUGAGUAAGUCUAAUAUGAUUAUUGUUCAGUGAACAAUAGGAACAGUGUUGAUAUGUAUGCAAAGUGGGUAACUGACUCACGCAGGUAAUUUACUUCAGACUAUGGCGUACAUUACCGUGUAAAUUCUGAGAAUAAAAGUAUUCUUUUUC